AAAUCAAUUCCCAAGUGCUAUCUUCUGCAUCUAUCUGUUUCAUUCAUGGCGUUUCCUCACUUUCUGAUCACUCUUCUCUUUGCAUUAGCUCUAGCUUCCACCUUCGAUCUCGCCGCAUCCCAAGUCCUCAAGGCCAAAGUCUCUUGCUUUGACUGUACCACUCCCAACAAUAAUCACCAAUCUCUCUCUGAGAUCAAGGUUUCAGUGAAGUGCGAGAACGUGAGAAAAGCGGUGGUGGCAAGCACAGAAGAGGAUGGGUCCUUCAAGGUGGAGCUUCCAAGAGACCCCAAAAACUCAGCGGCUUCUGAUGUGAAGUGCGUGGCAAAACUGCUGGGAGGACCAAAUCAGCUUUACGCUUCAGAGAAAGACAAGGCAUCCCUAAUAGUGAAGACCACAGAAGCCAACACCUACACCAUCUCCACUCCUCUUGGGUUCCUCACAUCAUGCCCUCAAAACAAGCUUUGCAAGUUUGGUUCAUCAGAGACCAUCGAUAUUCCUCUUCCUCCAGAGUGGGGCUUUGCGCCUUCCAGCUACUACAUCCCUUUCUUCCCCAUCAUUGGAAUUCCCUAGUUAUCUUAUCUCUCUCUCUCUCUAUAUAUAUAUACACACACACAUACACAAGCGUGUGAUUAUAUAUAUUAUUUAUGUGUCUAUGGAACGUACCAUCUUAGUUGAUCUUGACGACGUCAUCUACGGUUUUGCGUUGUAUUGUUCUAUGUGAAGUUGUCCGCUUGUCAUUACUUAAUAUAUGGAUUAUGGGGUAUGUUUUAUCUUGUGCA